CUGAGUUCGGGAACUUCCUUUACUUCAGCCGGUCAAAAUAUAGUCUUUGGACUUCUAGGGUACUGGCUUAGCCUGGAGUCAUCAGGGUUUGACCUCACCCCUCACCGCUUUGGAACACGGCUGGUUCAGCUUCAGCCGCCGUGCCGCCGUGCCGCUCGCUUCGUUCGACCCGUGGCGUCUUCGAUUCAAGGACCCGAUCGAAGUGGAAGCGCUGGAGCGGCACAUGUCCCAGGGUUCGCCGGGCGAGACCGAGGCGAACUCCAGAUGCACCGAUGGCCCACACACCGGCACCGGCGCACCCACGGCGCUGCCGCGUCCCAACGGCCGCGCCGAGACGCGCGCCUCGCGCGCCUCACGCGCCUCGCGCAAGAGCCGAGUGUCGCGAGCCUCACGCGCUUCACGCGCGUCAAGCGCCCGGUCGGGCGCGGGGGUUGCCCCAAUUCGGACCUCCAUGUAUUCUAGGGCCACAGAAAACAGUGAACGGAGCAGAGCGACGCGGCAGAGUGGGGCCACGCGGCAGAGUGGGGCCACCGCCAAGAGCAGUGGCACCGGUGCGACGUACAAAACCGCCGCGACGCUGGCCACGGCUUUGACGCACAUCACCAACCUCGCUGAGGCUGGAAUUCACUUUGAGCACCAUUUCAUCGUGAACGCCUCUUUGCGGCCCAAGAUUGCCACUCGAACGGGGAAGAGCAAGGCAAAUGCCCGGGACAGUACCGCCUCGGCCAUGUCCAGAAUCUCAGACGACAGCAUCCGGCUUUCCAUCCCCUCUGGUAUGCGUUUGCCGGCAGUGCUGAUCCUGGGCGCCUGUUUCUGCAGCCAUUGUAGCUAUGUGAUUGAGACCACGACCUUUGCACUGUUUCUCCGCGAGCAGCAUGGAUUCCAACGAGCCAUCUGGGCCGGCCUGUGCCAGUCCGGCGGCGAGGUCAUGGCGGCCAUUUGGAUGCGCCUCUCAUCACUCGGAGAUUCCUCUGAAGAGUAUGAUGCAGAGGUGAAGCGGUCGUUUUGGAGACGGUGUUGUGACCGAUUGCCAUCGAUGCCGUACAACAUGAGCUGUUUUCUGCUUCUUUGGGUUUGUCUGAAUGGAGCUAUGACAGCUCCAUGGACACCUUUGCCAGUCACAGCGCUGAUUCUGAUGAGUAGUCUCUACUCCUUCUCCUCCAAGACAGCAACUGAAUUGAGCCUCGCUUACACCAUGGGCGACCCCAGCGUCUUUGUCUCUGUGCAGAACUGGUCGCGAAACCUGGAAUCCUUUGGAGCCAUUGUCUCCUGCUUGUUGGGACCGUUGCUCUAUGAGACGGAACUCCCUGUGGCACCCUUCAUCUUUACAGCGAGCCUUUCUGCAGUCGUUCUUCUGGUCUUCACCGCGGGAUUUUGCUCUGUUCGACAUGAAGAUGACACCUACGACUUCGAGGAGGAUGAGAUCGAGGGAUCUUAA